UCAGUCUUAGUUUUCGUGAAGUGGGGGAUUGCACCAGUGGUUUGCUAAGAAUUGAGUACAAAUUCAGCAAUCUCCCCCAAGGGAGAGGACACAUGAACCUCUCACAUGAACCAUCCCUGCUGGAACUUUAAAGUAAACUUUAAAUAUUCUCUGUACUUUUCCCACUUCAUUUCAUGAAUUCAUCGAUUCAUAUUCAUUGUCUAUUUACUCUCAUGCAUGAAUAGGCCAACAGUAUUGUGAUAAUGGUUGAAAGUUGUUCUACAUCUAUUGGUUCAGAGUGAAGCAUUGCAAUGAAUUACAAUGAUAACUCCGACAUAAAUAAUUAUGUCUUACUUUCAUGACUCAGAUCCAUCUCCUCAUUCAUUAUUCCAUUUGAUGAGACUCUCUGGCACGCAAGGUUUCACAAUUGUUUCAAUUAAUUUUCUAAUUAAUCAUAUUGCUAAAUCAAGCACUCAUCUAAGUGUAGAAGAAGUCAGUUUGAAUAAAAAACGUAACAGUGUAAAGAGAAAGCAGGGAAUGAGAAAAGUGACGAAAGGAAGAGGCAGAUCAAAAUAAGAUCUAAUAGCAAGACAUCUUAUAACCAUUACCAAAGAGACGAGAAAUUCCAUAAUAUUGUUCUUUCCUCUGAGCUAUUGCAUAACAUGAAGAUAUGAUACAACGAUUUUUGCAGUAAAUAAUUCAGAGGAAAUUCAUGUGAGAGAGUAUAAAGGAGGGGAAGUACAGUUCUGGAAGAUGUGUAUAAAAGGAAAGAAUUUUAGUGGAUAAGUAUCAGUUGUUCUCAGUUGAGGUAACAAUCUAACAAUAAUUUGCAAGAGUUCUCGAAUUCAAUCCCAGUGUUUUUGAAUAGCUUGCAAUACUUAGAAAGUAAUAUGUCGAGUUUUCAUGGGUUAAUAGUGUUAUUGUGUGUAUUAGGUCAGUCAUUGAGUGUUCAUCAAACUUCCAAUGUGAGCGAUAAGGAUAGUAAACAAGGCAAGAGGGAGAUAUUUGAUCAUGCGAUACACGAGGAUCAAGGUCAUCACAUAAGUGAACAUGGAGAGUUUCUUCGUUUGAAACCAUUGGAGAACGGAAAAUUUCUGGAGGAUUUCCACCACGACCAAAAACUACAUCAUCAUGGUUUGAAACUUGAAGAUUCGACUCACAAUCAUCACGAAGAUUUCAAGGAGCAGAAAACUGUAACAAUCAUCAAGAACAUACCAGUUCCUUACCCAGUUCAGGUCGAAAAGAAAGUAACAGUUCCAGUGGAUCGUCCGUACCCUGUUCCAGUUCUUAAACCCUACCCAGUCACCGUUGAAAAGCACGUUCCAGUUCCAGUCAAAGUACCGGUUCCUGUGAAAGUAGCAGUUCCAGUACCUGCUCCCUACCCGGUUGAGAAACGAGUACCAUAUCCAGUGACAGUACACGUGGAAAAGUCCUAUCCAGUGGCUGUUCCAAAACCGUACCCAGUCUUCAUCGAGAAACCUGUUCCAGUAACCGUUAUCAAGAAGGUUCCAGUGAAAAUCCAAGUCGACCGGCCUUAUCCAGUGCAUUUCCCAGUGGAAAAGCCGGAUUUUCAUCAUCAAACUGUAUAUAAUCCAGGUAAGGAACAUUCUUCGGUAGGUUUUAAAGGAAAACAUGGAUCUUAUUCGCAUCAUAUAGCACAUGAUCUCAACGGAAGUCAUGAAUAUAGUACCGGAAAAUUUGAAGAAAGCAAGAGUGGUUAUACAGUUCACUUCUAA